CUGAACUUGUAAAUGUUAAUCAUUAAUAAUGCAUGGUAUGUUUACACAUGUAGAGGCACACCCAGUAGAGAUACACCCAGUAGAGGUACACCCAGUGGAGGUACAUCCAGUAGAGGUACACCCAGUAGUGGUACACCCGGUAUACCCAGUGGUGGUAUACCCAGUAGAGAUACACCCAGUAGUGGUACACCCAGUAGAGAUAAAACAAGUAUGUGUACAACCAGUAGUACACCCAGAACGCCCAGUAGAGGUACACCCAGUAGUGGUACUUCCAGUACACCCAGUAGUGGUAUACCCAGUAGAGAUACACCCAGUAGUGGUACACCCAGUAUACCCAGUAGAAGUAGAUAUAUACCCAGUAGUGGUACACCCAGUAGAGGUAAACACAGUAGAGAUACAUCAAUCAGAGGUACACCCAGUAGAGGUAGAGAUACACCCAGUAGUGGUACGCCCAGUACACCCAGUAGAGGUACACCAAGUAGUGGUACGCCCAGUACACCCAGUAGUGGUAAACCCAGUAUACCGAGGAGAGGUACACCCAGUAUAGGUACACCCAUUAUAGGUAGAGAUAUACCCAGUAGUGUUACGCCCAGUACACCCAGUAGAGGUACACCAAGUAGUGGUACGCCCAGUACACCCAGUAGUGGUAUACCCAGUAUACCGAGGAGAGGUACAACCAGUAGAGGUACACCCAGUAGAGGUACACCCAGUAGAGAUACACCCAGUACACCCAGUAGAGGUGCACACCGUAGAGGCUCACCCAGUACAUCCAGUAGAGGUACACCCAGUAGAGGUUCAUCCAGUAGAAGUACACCCAAAUAGAGGUGCAUCCAUAAGUGAUACACCCAGUGAUAAACCAACAAGAUUAGACAUUAUUACAAAAGUUGACAUAUAUAAGAAUCUUGCUUCACAGUACAAGGGAAGAUAGAAAUUGAUAUUUAGGUUUAUUAGGUUAUAAACAUAAAUGUUAUGCGCUGCAUGUGUUGUUUCUUUGUCUGUGCACUGUUAACUCCUUUGUUAUGGUUAAUAAUUUAGCUCCAUGUACAAUAAAAGUUCUCGAUGACAUGACAUGAUGAGAGGAUCAUGCUGAUCCUAUCUGUAGACUACACACAUGAUGUUCAAACCAUGACAAUUGAUCCUCACAUGUAUUGUUAUGUCAUCUAAACAACCAGAAGCUUCCUGCAAAUUACCCAAGACUGAACUUGUAAAUGUUAAUUAUUAAUAAUGCAUGGUAUGUUUACACAUCUAUACCACAUGACGAGGUACACCUAGUAUGGGUAUACCCAGUAGAGGUACAUCCAUUACACCCAGAGGUACACCCAGUAGAGGUACACCAAGCAGAGGUAAAAACAGUAGAGACAGAGAUGUACCCAGUAGUGGUACACCCUGUACACCCAGUAGAGGUGCAGCCCGUAGAUACACACAGUAGAUGUGCAGCCAGUAGAGGUGCACCCAGUCCACACAGUAGAGGUGCACCCAGUAGAGGUACACCAAGAAGAGGU